AUGGAUUGGAUCAUGGGCAGCCAUGGUUCUGACAGUCUCGUCCUGCAGCUCUGUGGUCCAGAGCUCUCGCUCAGAUCAAGAAUGACUCUUUACAGGUUCAUCCCAUCAGGGCGGGGACAUGGAGUGUCCGGGCGGCGACACUGGAGUGUGGGCGCGGGGGCUGGAUCACUGCUGCUCGACGACCUAGCGGCACGCGAUGCUACUGACGCGGACUUAUGGCAAGCCGUUAGUCUCGCUCUGUCCCCUUCUGUCGCCGAGGAGACAGCAGCUCCAAUGAAGGACUGGCACUAUGGAGCUAGGAGCAGGGGUGUGAGCUACAUAGCAGCCUGCAAGGUCAAAGCAUGGGAUCGGAGCCAGUCCCCAAGAGAGGAGGACUUCUACUACACAAAGAUCUCCUGCGAAGCUCCAGCAGACCCCUCUCCCGUCUCCCUUCUUCCCCCAGACCCCUCUCUCGUCUCCCCUCUUCCCCCAGACCCCUCUCCCGUCUCCCCUCUUCCCCCAGCCCACCUCCCGGCUUCGUCCCCUCACGUCCCCCGGGGGUCCUGUGGCUCCCCUCUAAGCCCUGAUCCAGAUUCCGGUCUUCAGAUCCCCUCCUCAGGGUCAGGGAGCUCCAGGCCCAGUUCAGGCCCAGAGUCAGCCCCAUACCAGCACAGACCUCUCAGCCAGUCUGCCCCCAGCUCCUCCUGGCAGAUACAGACAGACCAUCUCUAUCAGGCCUGCGCUCCCRUCCAGYUGACCAUGUCCUCCUGCAGCCCCUCCCCCUGUUGUUGGACCCCUCCCCCUCUCACCGUCUCUAACCAGCACAGCCAUCACAACACCCAGGUGAUGACGGGUCGCUGCAGGUCUGUGAGUGUGGGAGAACAGUGGCUUCAACAGAGCAGUGCCACCAACAGGCUAACCACCUUGAGAGCAGCCUCCCCGUCACUCACUCACUGCUCCUUCAGGAAAGGGCGAGGGGAGGCUAAAAAGUGUCGUAAGGUGUACGGAGUGGAGCGCAAGGAGCAGUGGUGCACGGCCUGUCGCUGGAAGAAAGCAUGCCAGCGCUUCCCAGACUAAACGAGUGUGUGAACGAAGGAUGAUGAAAGAAAGAGACUAAAACAGAGAGGACACGAUCAGGAUCAGGGCCUGUGGGCCAUCAACAACAACUUCCUUUUUUUUAUACCUUGUUUAUUUUCCCCUCAAGGAAUAAAGUUCUGUUUUUUUAUACGUUGACCUGAGAAGUAAGUCAGUGUGCGAUGGUGGUGCUAGUAGCUAGUAGGUUAGACUGUGUUAUGUGGUAGGCCUACGAUGCUCUUCCGUCCCAGACCUGUUUCUGCUGUGUAGCAUGGCAACAACCAUAGGAGUUAGCUAUACACAGGGAUGGAACUUUUUGGGCACUGGCUAGUUGCCCUGGGUAACAUUUGGGUCCAAAGUAUGCGCCAUA